AUGGAUUCACAUCAAAGUGGCGUUAAGAAUGUAUUAAAGGAUUGGCCGGAAAAAUACAGAGAUAUUUAUGCUCGUGUUUUGCAUGGUGUUUCCUCUGAGUACCCAGGUGUGGCUUGGUCAAGAUAUGAAGAAUUUACUUAUUUGAUUCCUAGAUUCGACACUCAUAAUGGUCUUAGUCCUGGUCACAACGUUAGAUUCUUAGUGAAGGUUGAUCCUGUUGGUGAUAAAGAUUUUACAGUCAAAUUUUUCAAAGUGAAUUGUGUUUUAUCCGAUGAAUUUCCUCAACGAUGCUUUAGUAAGGAACUCGGAGAAGUUUUUCUCCCACCUCGAGGUUUAAACGCUACUCCAAUUCCAAAUGUGGUAUAUGAGGCAUUCGUCGAUUGCAAACUAUUUAUCCGAAAUGAUGAUGGUUCAAGAGUUAGUGCAGCCACUCAAGUUGAAAUUCGUCCUGAAUUGGUCAAACUUAUCCGUGUUAAACCACUGCAAAGCAAAUUGUACGGCGAGCGUCGUCUCAUCCCUCCUCUGUUUCGUCCCCGUUCAUCCUUUCGACAACGGAUUUGUUCUGUGGGACGAAACAACGAUUUUUUCGUGUUGACAAAAUGCCUUUUAUUCAGGUACAGUGAGCAUGUCGACAUUCUUCGAAUUUGUCCAUGGAAUACAAAAAAAGUUGAGAGUGGAGAAAUUAAACCGCAACUUAUUUAUUGGGACUAUGGAGAAGAAGGAAUUGUUCAUUUUUAUAAACAAAACCAAAACAAACCUCCUUUUCCGACAAGAGCGCUUUCAAAAGUUCGCCUUUGGUACUUUGAAAACAACCGUGUUAUUCGUGCACGUUGGCCAAGGACUCAAGUCAAAAUUACUUUGGGAAUGGAGAGAAUGAUUUGGGAAAGUAUUUCAGUUGAUAUCCGUUUACGUUAUCCUCCAUUAAAUGAAGGGCAAUUUUUCUUUGGUUGGAUUAUUUAUAAUGGUAAUUUUAUAUUUAAAAAUUGUAAUUUAAGAUUUUUAGAAUUCAUUUCGUGUUAUUAUGUUCAGAAUUAUCGUUUAUCGAAGGAAGGAGAGGCUACACAAAGUCAACUAGAGAAACGGAUUGUUAUUGAUAGCGGAAAUCCAGUAAAUGAGGUUGGGGUGUUUUGUUUUUAUAUGCCCUUAUUACUCAUGAACAUUACUGUUUCUUUCCAUUUAAAACUUCCUUUGCAUAGAAAAUAA